AUGAGUGAACAAGAAAAAUGUACAGAGGCUUCUAUGCGUAUUUCAUGGAUACUUGCUAAACACAUUAAACCGUUUACCGAUGCUGAUAUAAUCAAAGAAUGUAUGAUUGAAGCUGGAAAUGCGUUAUUUGAUAGUAAAAAUGAUAUUAUGGAGACUAUUCGAAAUAUUCAGUUAUCUACGCCUUCAAAUACUCGAAAUACAGAACUAUUAGCAAAGGAAAAUCAUUCUAAUUUAAUACAACCUUUAUCGGCCACGGGUUAUUAUGCUUUAGCUACCUAUGGAUGA